AUGGAAGCCUUAUUCGUAGUACAAGCGGAUAACUUACAUCUUCUUCAGAAAACGGCUACAAACUUCAAGAAGUGUCCCAAGGCGAGACUUACCAAGUCAUACUUGCAAGUCAGAGUGGAGAAUUUAGACAAACUUUGGGAAGUUUUUCAAAACACUCACCGAGAGAUAGUGAAGAUAGCGACAACAGAACAACGAAAUAGUCACGAAUAUUUUACGCAAGAGAUAUACGACAAUGGAGAAGAGUUGUAUAUAGACACCAAAGCGGAGAUACUUGCGAAAUUAGAAGGAGAGCAAACGAGUCAUACAUCAGGAACGGAGAAGCAAUCCAUCAGACCACAGAGCCAGGAAGUUAAGCUACCUAAGAUUAAUAUACCACAGUUCAAUGGAAAUUACAAUGAUUGGGGGACUUUCAAGGAUCUCUACACAUCUCUCAUUCAUAAUCAGAGUUCAUUGAGCCCAGUGCAGAAAUUGCACUAUUUGAAGAGUAGUCUUAGUGGCGAAGCUCCUGCUACAACUGCUAAAGCACAUUCAAAUUACUGA